AUAAUUGGCAGAAGGCCGAGAAAACCCAUCACCGUUGCCGCGCCUCGCGGGGCUUCCGUCUCCCCCGCGUCGGCGCGGCGUACCUGUGGUGUGGUGUGGUGUUUCACGACGAGUCGAUGAUUCAUCUCACUCUUGCUUGUAUCUACACACAUAGUGUAUAUAUAUAAAGCUUCCUCCCCCCUCCUGAGCUCGGCCUCGCACGCCGAGUUCUUCGUCUAGUAGAUAGAGAAACUGAGUGCUAGGGAAAAGCAGCAACCACGCCUUCCUCCUCCCGCCCUCCCUCUCGUGGAUUCUUCACAAGGCUUCCCUUGGGUUCCGGGGUGCGAAGCGGCGCGGCGGCGGCGGUGGCCGAGGCGGCGGCGAUAGCGUCACCUUCCCAGGAGAGGUUGAGAAGAGAAGCGUGAGCGGCGGCGCCGACGAGCACCGAUGGGCCCACUGGAGCCGCGCUACCGUCCAGCCGGCGCCCCUGAGGACACAACUAAGAGAAGGGCCUCCAAAAGCAAAAGUUUCAAAGAUGUUGAAAAUUUUGAAGUUAUUGUCCUUGAAAAGAGCUGUGGUUGCAAGUUCAAAUCUUUGAGGAUCUUGCUCAUAGCUAUCAUUUCUGCAACAGUUCUUACGCUUGUGACUCCAACCUUAUACGAGCACCAAUUGCAGUCAGCCUCCCGGUAUGUAGAUGUCGGUUGGAUGUGGGACAAAACAAGUUCUGAUCCAAGAUAUGUAUCAUCUGUUGAUGUUCGGUGGGAGGAUGUAUAUAAAGCACUUGGAAAUCUAAGAAGUGGUAAUCAAAAUCUCAAAGUUGGACUAUUGAAUUUUAAUAGCACUGAGUAUGGCUCUUGGACACAAUUGCUCUCAGACAGCCAUGUUUCCAUUAUAAGACUUGAGCAUGCCAAGGACAGCAUUACUUGGCAAACACUGUAUCCUGAAUGGAUCGAUGAGGAGGAAGAAACAGAGAUACCCUCUUGCCCAUCACUUCCAGAGCCUGAUGUACGAAGAGAUGUACGCUUUGAUGUUAUUGCUGUAAAGCUUCCUUGUACCCAUGUGGCAGGUUGGUCAAGAGAUGUUGCACGGCUCCAUUUGCAGCUCUCAGCAGCAAAAUUGGCUGUGACAUCUUCGAAGCGCAACCACAAGGUCCAUGUUCUUUUUGUAACUGAGUGCUUUCCAAUCCCGAAUCUCUUCCCUUGCAAGAACCUUGUGAGACAUGAAGGCAAUGCUUGGCUAUAUAGCCCUGACUCAAAAGCAUUAAGGGAAAAGCUCAGGCUUCCAGUCGGAUCCUGUGAGCUUGCUGUUCCACUCAAAGCAAAAUCGAGACUUUUCUCAGUAGAUCGACGAAGAGAAGCAUAUGCAACAAUACUGCAUUCAGCGAGUGAAUAUGUCUGUGGUGCUAUCACAGCAGCUCAAAGCAUUCGUCAAGCAGGAUCAACCAGGGACCUAGUCAUCCUUGUUGAUGAGACCAUAAGCGAUCACCACCGGAGAGGCUUGGAAGCUGCAGGGUGGAAGGUCAGAAUAAUCCAAAGAAUCAGGAAUCCGAAAGCAGAGCGUGAUGCAUACAACGAGUGGAACUACAGCAAGUUCAGGCUGUGGCAGCUGACUGACUACGACAAGAUCAUCUUCAUAGAUGCAGACCUCCUCAUCCUGAGGAAUGUUGACUUCCUGUUUGCAAUGCCAGAGAUCACAGCAACUGGCAACAAUGCAACACUCUUCAACUCCGGUGUCAUGGUCAUAGAGCCUUCCAACUGCACAUUCCAGCUGCUGAUGGACCAUAUCAACGAGAUAACUUCAUACAAUGGCGGGGACCAGGGAUACCUGAAUGAGAUAUUCACCUGGUGGCACCGCAUCCCCAAGCACAUGAACUUUCUGAAGCACUUCUGGGAGGGCGACAGCCAGGCCAUGAAGGCGAAGAAGACUCAGCUGUUUGGCGCAGACCCACCAAUCCUCUAUGUUCUCCACUACCUUGGCCUGAAGCCAUGGUUGUGCUUCAAAGACUAUGACUGCAACUGGAACAACGCCGGAAUGCGUGAAUUUGCAAGCGACGUCGCACAUGCCCGAUGGUGGAAGGUGCACGACAAGAUGCCCCGGAAGCUCCAGUCCUACUGCCUGCUGAGGUCACGGCAGAAGGCCAGCCUGGAGUGGGACCGGAGGCAGGCUGAGAAGGCCAACUCUGAAGAUGGCCAUUGGCGCCGCAACAUCACGGACACCAGGCUGAAGACAUGCUUUGAGAAGUUCUGCUUCUGGGAGAGCAUGCUCUGGCAUUGGGGCGAGAACAAUAACAGGACGAAGAGCAUCCCCAUGGCAGUGAAGACGGCGAGCUUGGCAAGGUCAUGAUCUGUAGAAUACAAACACCCGAUAUUGCAACCAUACAUGCAUAGCAAUAGCUUGUAUAGGUAGCUAUGCUUAGGUCUUCGCUAUACAAAAUACACCACUCCCUGUUGCUGUCAUGGCUGCAGCUCUAUGUCGCUGCCAGCCUGCCUCGACGGCUAACAAUUCUUUUGGGUUGACUCUUGGCUGCUGAAAUAAGUUUCAGGUAAAUGUAAAGUUCCCUGCUGAAAUUAUGUGAGCGUGUGAGAAAUGAUUUGUGUACAGGGCGCCAAAUAAUAAUUGGUUAGUGCAUGGAACAUAUGACUAGUCUUACUCUUACAGUGUAUGACGACAGACUUGUAUAGCACAGCGCAUACGGAGAAUGCAAUGUGGAGGCAGUGCUAGACAUUCAAAACA